GGGCUGAGUGGUGGCGGGGCGGCGGCCGGCGGAGAUGGAGGAGCCUGACGCGGCGCGGCUGCCCUCUCGCCUGGCCAGGCUGCUGUCGGCGCUCUUCUACGGGACAUGCUCCUUCCUCAUCGUGCUGGUCAACAAGGCGCUGCUGACCACCUACGGUUUUCCCUCUCCAAUUGUUCUUGGAAUUGGGCAGAUGGCCACCACCAUAAUGAUACUGUAUGUGUCCAAGAUAAAUAAAAUAAUCCACUUCCCUGAUUUUGACAAGAAAAUUCCUGGAAAGCUGUUUCCUCUGCCUCUUCUCUACGUUGGAAACCAUAUAAGUGGCUUAUCCAGCACAAGUAAAUUAAGCUUGCCAAUGUUCACUGUGCUCAGGAAAUUUACAAUUCCGCUCACUUUACUCCUGGAAGCCAUCAUACUCGGGAAACAAUAUUCCUUGGACAUCGUCCUCAGUGUUUUGGCCAUCGUGCUUGGGGCUUUCGUAGCAGCUGGCUCUGAUCUUGCAUUCAACUUGGAAGGCUACAUUUUUGUAUUCUUGAAUGAUAUCUUCACAGCAGCAAACGGAGUUUAUACCAAACAGAAAAUGGACCCGAAGGAGCUGGGGAAGUACGGAGUGCUUUUCUACAAUGCCUGUUUCAUGAUCAUCCCAACUAUCAUUAUCAGUGUCACUACUGGGGACUUUCAGCGGGCCACUGAAUUCAGCCACUGGAAGAACGUCUUGUUUAUCAUUCAGUUUCUUCUUUCCUGUUUUCUGGGGUUUCUGCUGAUGUACUCCACAGUUCUUUGCAGCUACUACAACUCAGCUCUGACCACAGCAGUGGUUGGAGCCAUCAAGAAUGUAUCGGUUGCCUACAUUGGGAUGUUGGUUGGUGGAGACUACAUUUUCUCCCUCUUAAACUUUAUUGGGUUAAAUAUUUGCAUGGCAGGUGGUUUAAGGUACUCCUUUUUAACACUGCACAGCCAACUAAAACCUAAACAACCUGUGGACGAAGAAAGCAUCCCUCUGGAUCUGAAGAGCUAGAUUGGAAGGUGGAGUUGCAGGCUUAGGCUGGAGAGGGCAGCCCCAACAGGCAUGGGCAAUCUAGAGAUCCCACACCUGGGGCAGUCACCCGCUUGGCCAGAGCACAAAUGGGAAUGGCUGGGAAAUACAAAGAAAUCUACCUCACGUGUCACUGCACAAGGAGCCACAAGGAACUCAAGACACACAGCACAGAACCUCCCCCAACUCAAAACUUUUGAAUUUGCUCAAUGUCAGCCAUGGGGCUCUACCCUGUGUGCUGAGGGGGACUUUUCAAAGUUGACUUUGCUUAUCAGCACCUUGGCCUUAAUUUCAAAGGCCCCAGCCAAAGCAAGUGCCAGAGAGAACUUUUUGUUGUUGAAACAUCUCUUUAUUUUCAUAAAAAAAAAAAAAAAUCAGUCAUAGUGAUUUAAACAAUGUUGGUAUGUUGUUUUCCAAGCCAUCGAAGUGAAAUAAAAAGCCAUUUCUA